CUCUAACCGCCAUUUUUUCUCUCUCUCUCUACCCUUUUUGAAAACCGGAGCUCUGAACCGCUCAAACGUCGUCGUUUUCAGCCUAGCCCCCCUAAACCCUAACCCUAAGCCUAAGCCGAAGAGCCCUAAAUCGAAUUCGCAGGGUUCCGAUGAGGAGCUUGAGGCGGUUGCCGGAGGCAGUUCGGAGCUCGAUUCGGUCUGGGGUGAUUCUGUAUGACGUGGCUAGGGUUGUGGAGGAGCUCGUCUUUAAUAGCUUGGACGCUGGCGCAAGAAAGGUGUCAGUUUUCGUAGGAAUUGGGACUUGUUAUGUGAAAGUAGUUGAUGAUGGAUGUGGGAUUACUCGUGAUGGAUUGGUGUUGUUGGGAGAAAGAUAUGCCACGUCGAAGUUUGAACAAUUUACUGAGGCGGAUGCUGCCAGUGUGAGCUUUGGUUCCAGAGGGGAAGCACUGGCUUCGAUUUCUGACGUGGCAUUGCUUGAAGUUGUAACCAAAGCUUCUGGGAGGCCAAAUGGGUAUCGCAAAGUGAUGAAGGGAUUCAAAUGUUUGUAUCUUGGGGUAGAUGACGAUAGGAAGGAUGUUGGCACAACAGUUGUUGUUCGUGAUUUGUUUUACAAUCAACCAGUUCGGAGGAAGUGCAUGCGAUCCAGCCCGAAGAAGGUAUUGGACACUGUCAAGAAAUGUGUACACAGGAUCGCACUGGUGCACUCAAUGGUUUCCUUCAAAGUUGUCGAUAUGGAGAGUGAGGAUGAGCUUCUUCGUACCAUUCCUUCUCCUUCUCCCAUGACAUUAUUGGAAAGUGCUUUUGGGAGCGAGGUCUCUGAUGCACUUCACGAAUUGAACAUAAGUGACGGAAAAUUAGAGCUUUCUGGAUACAUAUCUACUCCUUGCAAUAGUCUCGCCAUUAAGGCCAUCCAAUAUUUCUAUAUUAAUUCACGGUUCAUUUGCAAAGGACCAAUUCACAAAUUGCUUAAUCAAUUGGCCUCUAGCUUCGAAUGCUGGGACCCAGGGACAGCUGCUGUUGGAUCCCGCAACAGGAAGAGAAGUAGACCUCAAGCAUUCCCAGUUUAUGUCUUGAAUUUAAGUUGUCCCCAAUCAUUCUAUGAUUUAAACUUUGAACCAUCGAAGACAUAUGCUGAGUUCAAGGAUUGGGGUCCUGUACUCAACUUUAUUGAUAAGGCCAUUCAAAGCUUCUGGAAGGAAAAGAUAUCCUAUGUAGAAUCUGUUUGUCAUGGAGCUGAUAUACGAAGCGAAGGUCAAAUGUGGGAGGAACGUGACAACACUGUAUCUGUAGAUGAAAAUUUGCUGGAUGUAGAUUUGUCAGAAAUGUCUCCAAUAAGGAAAAAGAGGAGCAGGAUACAAGAUCUUGAGACUUCUCCGGACAUUAUGAAGAUUCUAAGUAAAGAGGGCAGCGAUGUAUCUCAGAGGAAAUAUAUCAGAAUUCCAUUUGACUACUUGCAUGAAAAUACUGAUGAUGUCAAAGGCUUCAAAGAUCGAGAUAGUGAGAUUGAUUUUCGUCAUGAUAGUGACUAUUCAUUUCAACCACAGGAUCAGAAUCUUGCUAAAUGUAUGGUCGCAACAACUCUGAAGAGGGAAAAUCAUAGUUGGAUGUCUGAUAUCAAUUUUUCACCUGAUGAAGAUUAUAUGAUGGAUAGUGGCUACUCUGCUGCCAAAAGAUCCAGUAAUUUGGAAGAUAAUAUGUUUACCUCAGCAUGGCAAGAUCAGCCCUUUAAACUCUGUGCUAGUGUUAGCAAGGUUUCAGCAGAUACUGGAGUAUCACAUCAUGAUUUCAGUAGCAAUGUAGAGGUCACCUGUGAUUUAAGACAACCUUUCCUCAAUAGUUGUUCCUCCCGAGGAAGGCUUCCAUCUGAGAGGGAUUUGCUUACAGAGAGUGGGAUUAAAUGUCAAAAUGAUUACUUUGGGAGCAAGAGAAUGCAGGAUGGCUCUUACAACACUUUAGACUUUUCAGAAAUUGAUGGCAGCAGCAAGAGAAUUCGGAGUGGUUCUUAUAACAGUGUAGAAGUUCCAGAUAUCUCUUCAAUGACUUCAUCCCCAGGGAUGGUUUCUAGUGCUCAGCCCUAUGCCAGAGUUAGAUCAAAGUUUGACCCGUUUGCAGAGUUUGACCCUCUGUCAAGAGCUAAUUUGAAUUCAAUUCCAUCCUGUAAGGGCCGUUUAGAUGAGGCAAGUUUAGACAUAAGUGAAGAGUAUAUUGGUUCGUGCAACCAGACCUUAAAAACUGAAUGGUACUCUGUGACAUCCAAUCCGUUAUCCCAAAGUACCUAUUUGGAUUUUGAACCUUUCUCUAAUGAAGAUUCAGUUGAAGGGCAUUACAGAUAUAAAUAUGAUAAGAGGGAUACUGACAAAUAUUUUGUUGAUGCUGAAGAAUUUGAAUGCAGCUUUGGAUCGGAUAUAGUGUCAAAUAUCAGAGAACACUGCAUUACAGAUAUAGACUGUGGACUAGGUUAUAAUGACAAUGCUGGUUCUAGAAAAUUCCUUCACCAAGACAAUAUAGAUAGAGAGUUUUCUAGUGGACGCCGAGGUAAAUUAGCUUAUGAGACAGACUGGUUAAGCUGGCAUUCACGCAGCAAAGAUAACAUUUGUAUUGACAUGCAUAAUAGACAUGAGGAGCAGUCAAAAUAUCGGGAUUGUCUCAAGAGUCAUGUUUUAAACAGAAGAUCGAUACGAAGCCACUCAGCUCCACCAUUUCCUAGAAGCAAGAGGAAGUACUUCACUUUAAAUCAUCCUGCGACAACAGCAGGCAAACAUGAUGCACAAACCUUCCAUGAUUCAGCUACUUAUCCAGAAGCUGGCACAGUGAAGGAUCUCUGUCAACCUCGUAAUGGUAAUCAUCAAAAUUUGAAGACAACUUCUGUGGAGGAUUUAUUGUUAGACACCAGACCAGAUAUUAACGCUGGUGCAAGCAAGAUGCAAAAAUUGGAAAUGUUUGAACAAUCUAAAAGGUCUGAGGUUCAAGCCACAGCUCCAAUUAAAGAAAUUAUAUCCAUGAAUCAAGAUUCGCUGAAUUGUGGGACCAAAUGGCGGAAUUGUUGUCCCCAAAUUAUAGUAAGUAAUAUGUUUUUGAAGAGCAAAAGUAAAGUGCACGGUGUUCAAGAUGGAAAUGAUAUACUUGACAUAUCUUCCGGAUUCUUGAAUCUUGCUGCUGACUCAUUAGUUCCUGAAUCUCUCCAUAAGAACUGUCUCAAGCAUUCCAGAGUUCUUCAGCAGGUGGAUAAGAAAUUUAUUCCAGUCAUGGCCGGCCAAACACUUGCUGUUAUUGACCAGCAUGCUGCAGAUGAAAGGAUCCGAUUGGAGGAGCUGCGUCACAAGGUUUUGUCUGGAGAUGGAGAAGCAAAGACCGUUACUUUUCUGGAUUUUGAACAAGAGCUGGUGCUGCCAGAGAUUGGUUACCAGUUACUGCAUAACUAUGCUAAAACAAUAGAAGAGUGGGGUUGGCGCUGCAACAUACAUGCUCAAGAUUCAGGGUCUUUCAAGAGGUACUUUACUUGUCCUUCCUGGAAUUUGAAUUUCCUUCACAGGCAGCCAACCGUCAUCACACUUAUUGCGGUUCCCUGCAUCUUAGGUGUCAAUUUAUCUGAUGUAGAUCUUAUGGAAUUUCUUCAGCAGCUUUCUGAUACAGAUGGAUCAUCAACAAUGCCACCAUCUGUUCUUCGAAUCCUAAAUUCUAAAGCAUGUAGAGGUGCAAUUAUGUUUGGGGAUUCCUUGCUACCUUCAGAGUGUUGCCUCAUCGUUGAUGAGCUAAAGCAGACCUCAUUGUGUUUCCAAUGUGCUCAUGGUCGACCAACAACCGCCCCACUAGUAAAUUUGGAAGCGUUGCACAAGCAAAUAGCUAAGAUUGCAUCUUUGAAUCUGAACAAUGGUGCAGAUCAGGCGUGGCAUGGGUUACAUCAACAUGAGCUUAGUCUUGCACGUGCAGAACAACGUUUAAACUCGGCUACAAGCUAGAAUGAUGAGAAUCUUCCAGCGUUCUUUCAAAAUUGUAAUGUCCCUACAUGUCUACAAUGGACACAUUCACUUGCUGCUCACAUUUUUUGUAUCAAAUGUAUAGCUUCCUUCCGAACAAAUAAAUAAGAAAAACGAUAGCGAUUGCUGAUCAUGUAAAUUUCUUACCUUUUCACAUAAAGAAAGCUUUUUCUUUUUUAA